AUGGAUACAGCUGAAACUUUUAACAUGUUGAUUGGGAAACUCAAUUCAACAGGAUCAAUCAAGGCAAAAGCAGAGGUUGUAAAUGAAAUACGAAGAUAUUUAGAAGAAAAAGAUCGACGAACAAAAUUCGAGAAUGACAACGGCGAUUUACUGAAAAACACUCUAGGAGCAGUCAUCAAAUUCAUCAAAGAUGGCUGGAUCAAGAGUGGCAAAAUUCCAAAUAACGUCGAAACAGAAUUACCAAGUAUUAUCAAGACUUUUGCGAAAUACUCACUACAACCACGUACAGAAGAAGAAAUGCUUUAUAUUAAAAACGAUAUUAUCGAUAUUUGUUCAAUUAUAAUUCCCGGAGAAACAUCUACAAACAUUGUGAGAAUUUGGCUUGCAAUUAUGACCGAACUAAUCGAUUGCAAGUGGUUCUUCAACAUUUUCAAGACCUCACUCGAUCAAGAUACUCUUUCAUUAUUAUUAGAAACAUUUAUCAAAUGGUUCUUACUAAAUGAGACCUACGACAGAAUCAAAGAGACACUACAGUUCAUCCUCACCUUCCUUACUAACUCUCCUUACAUGAUUUCCGAAAACACGGCAAAAAUAAUUUUCGAUAGCAUGGACAAAGUCCUUUCUAUCAACCCAAAGUAUCUCGAGACUGUACUCAAGAUCCUCGUCAUCCUCAUACCGAACUUCCAUGUAACAAUCAUUCUAAACAAGAACAUCUUUGACAGUCCAUUCCAAAAGUCAAUAAUCGACCUGAUAAAGUCAGAAUUCACGAACAAGACACAUUCCAUUUCGAUGUUCAAAGUAAUGAGAGACUAUUUACUCCAAUUUUUGACUUUUAAUCAGGCAGUUGGUAGAAAACUUCCUCAGGAUUACAUAGAUGACUUUGCGAACCAAGUCUUUACGUUGUGGACAACCAAAAUGGUGAGAAACAAAUCUUUGUCAGGAGAUAUCAUUCCUUAUCUGAAAUUUGAUAUCGAAAUUCUGAAAAAUUCUUUUUGUUCGUCACAUGAAAUAUCAGAAGCAUUUCACAUUGCAUUCCAGAAAUCCCCUGACUGUUCAGACUUCAUGCUUCUCUUGGCUUCGAUUGCGAAAUAUUCUCCAGAACUGAUAGAAAUGAACUAUUGGAAGAAAAUUUUGAACACAGACAUAAAUUUGUUCCAGUUCCAAACAUCGGCAAUGAUCAACGCAGACAGAAUCAAGAUUCCCUUCCUUUUGUUCAACGAAAUCAUUGACUACAUUGAUGACACUGAUUUGUGGGAUUCGAAUUUCACUAUGAUCAUCAAGAAAAUCAAGAACAUUCCGAAAGAAAUCGAAGUUGAUUAUUACGAAUUCAUCUGUCAUUUGCUGAGGAAGCAGAGAUUGAGUACGAAAUGCGCUCAUAACUAUCAGGACUUUCUCUGGGAGUCGAAGGAAUUGUCACUAAAAGGUUUCACUGAAGAAAGAAUUCGUUGUCUGCAAACAAUGAUUUUCUAUUACGGUUUCGCAUCAAAUGAAAAUAGAAAGAAUUGUUUCACAAACAUCACUUCACUUCUCGGCAGCAUCAAUAAGGCUUUCAAUAUUGAGAUAAUAGAAGAUAUUGUCAGGUUGAUUUGCUCAAUUAUCCAAUCACAUGCAAAUAAAACAAAGCCUUAUAUUGCAGAAAAAAGUGACUUUGUUGAAAAAAUUGACAAAUUGAAGUACCAUAUUUCUAUCGGUUUGGAUUGGAAAGAUGAUGAAAUUAAAGAUAAAAGUGACAAAAGUGAAGUGCGUUCGGAAUCAAUUGAUGACUUUUUCCCAGUUAAAUCACAGCAUUAUUUUGAGAAAUCCAAUGAAAGUUCUCAGUUGUUCGUAACUACAGAUUCUUUUGAUUCAAACAAUUAUUUUCCAAAAAAUGAAGUCGAAGAACCAAAAAGUACCAUUCAGUCGGAUGAUGUAAGUUUGUGCAAUUUCAUUUGUCAGCCAUUGCAGAAGAUGUUUGAAACUGCAAUAGAGAACUCGAAAAUGUCUGAUCAAAUGGACAAUUAUUUGUUCCAAUUGUUCAGAUGCAAAUUUGCUCCGAGAUUAUUCUCAGAAUCAUCUUUUCUCACUUUCAUAAGUUCUGAGUUUAAUAAUUUCUAUUCUCAGGAGAACUUGAAUUUCCAAGUGCAAGAUUUCUCUACAUUUACUUUGUUGUUUUUGGAAAUUGCAAAACAUUUGGAUCCAAACUCUUUUCAACCAUUUUUUGAAUCAAUUUCUGACAAAUACAUGACAUUUUACAAAAAAUAUUUGGCAAAAACUGAAGAAAAACUGAAAUCUAUCAAAUCUGAUUUAGGAGCAUUGAGCUGGCAGAAACUGAACAAUGCAAUAAACAACACAGAACUUCAUUCCGAUUUCGUUUUGGGAUUGAAAGAAUUGUCUGAAUUCUUAUCUCUGGUUUCUUCCCUCGCUCCAGAAUUUUCUGAUGAAAUGAUCACUUCACUUUUGCCAAUUUAUACAACAACACAAAACUUCCCCGUUUUGCACAUCUCGAUGAUUGAGAAUUUGUUGCAAAUUCCAAUGGAUCAAAAUGCUUUGGAAGAAACUCUUCGAAGUGUUCAAAAUGUUUUGAAAGUUGUUUUGAACAAAUAUUUGGUUCCUAUUGAAGAAAGAGAAGAAUUUGUCAUCAAAGUCUUGGACAUCCUCCAAAACACUUUAAUGGAAAUGAAUGAAAUGAAUGACAUCUUCAACGAAAUCUCCAAAUAUCCUUUGACUUACAAAAUGAAACUUAGAAUUCUGAAUUUGGCAAAAGAACAUUAUUCAGAAGUUCCAUCACUUUUUAGGAUUUUAUGGGGAGAAGGCGAAGAAUCCGAUCCAUUCUUUAUAUUGUCAACAGAACAGAACUUGAGAAUAGACAAUAUCGAAGCAAUUAUUUCUGUUUUGUCGAGUGAUCAAAUUGACGGAAAUGAACAUGACAAAGUGGCAACAUUUGAAAAAGUUUUGUUGCCAAGUUACGAAGGAUCAAUCAGCAACCCAUCUGAAUACAUGUCCGACGCGUACACAGCGCUUUGUUCUCUCACAAGUAUCUGCUCAAAAAUACCAGAACUGACUGUGAAAUGCAUUGUCAUUUUAAUCCAAUUUUUCACUGACAACAAUUUGUUGAAUUAUCCAGACCACGCAAUCAAAAACUUUCUUAAACCAUUUGGAAACUCUCAUGAAUUUCUCCAGCAGUUUUUGCCAUUGAUCAUCAAACCAUUGUCGAAUAAAGACAGCUACGAAUGGCAGAACUUCCCUUACAAACUGUUUGAUGACAGCAAAAGAGUUGUUUUCGACAUAAUUUCUCCACUUUUAGUUCCUCUUUGUUUCAGAAAUGACAAUUUAAGCAAAAUUUCUGACAUUGUUGGAUUAUCUGAAGCGGACCUAUGUGAAAAAUACAAGACAUAUUUAAUUCCUUAUUUGUAUUUAGUCUCUAUUGAUUUGGAAGAACCAGAAAACAUCAGAAGGUCAAUGGAAACUGAAUACAAGAGAAGAAUUAAUUCUGAUUUCAUUUUGACUUCACCUUUGCCACUUUUAGAGUUAUCCAACAUCAUAAAUGACACAAAUCUACUCCAAAAUUGCUAUCAACAGAUGAAAAUCAGGAAUGUUGAUCCCAAUUUCUUCGAUUUCCACAAGUAUUUGAUCAUUUUGUACUCUAAAACAUACAAUGCAAAACACACAAUCAUUCAGUCGAAUGAACUAAAGAUGUUUUCAUUGUAUUGCAAAUUGAUUUUGUUAAUCCAUUCUGACUGUUUUGAGACAGAACCAUGGUUAUACGUCGACAUGUUUGUAUUCUCAAGGCAUUUGAUGGAAUUUGCUGCUCCAAUGAUUGUUGAUCAGUUGAUAAAUGAAAUUGCGAAGAAUUUCCCAGAUCAAAAAUACUUGAAAUCGGAAAACCAAAGAAUUAUUUUGCAUAUAAUAGAAGACAUUUGUAUUUUGGCGCAGAACUCAUUCAAACAAAGAUUCCCUUAUUUGGAGAAACUCAUAAAAGAAGAGAUACUGGAUACGAUGAUGAUUGUUGAUCCUUACAAAGAUUUACAGAUACAAAGAAGAACAUUCGGAAAUGAAUUUUAUCGUCUGAGUUCAACAGGAAAAAUAAAUAAAGAAGGUAUAGAUUUCAUGUUGAAAAAUUUGACAGAAAGUAAUUUGGAUGAUAAUUCAAUUUUCAAUAGAACUGUCAAAUUUAAUUUACUCAAAAAAUUCCCAAAUCUGACAGAACAGAAAAGAAACGGUUUGUUUACAAUUUAUCAAUUCAUUAAGAAAGAGAAAUAUCCACCAAGUAUUUUGCUUUACACAGAGCUCCAACUGAGAUGCUACGACAUCUAUCCAAGUCCUAUGAUUAUCCAGCCAACAACAAUCAGUUUGUAUGAACAGUAUCUUCAGUCAUUGAACGAAUGCUGCAGAGACAAAGAUCCAAAAAUAUGUUUCGCAGCCUUGGAAGCGAUGAGACACUCCAAGUACCAGAAAGGAAUAGAGAGCCAGUACAAUAAAGACGUGAAACAGAAAACAUUUUUGGAAGAAUACGUUUUGUUUGAACCGAGUGAAAUAAACACGAAAGAAAUAGAAAUCGAUCCGAAAAUGCCGUGGUUCUGCAGAAUGGUCUUGGAAAUGAUAAAAUACUGCGGAAAAGACAUCGUUUUCUACCCAGUAAUGGAAUUGGCUUCUCUAAGUGAAGAUUUCUGUAAAAAAGUGUUUUCGUCAGUUUUUCUAUCGGCAACGGUUAAUUCAAAAGGAAUGUCACGUUUUAGAGAAUAUAUGGACAAACCGAAGCAGUACAUUGAAGAGAAUCUAGCAAUAAUGAAAGCGUUGAUUGACAUGAAGAACUACAAUUUCAUGGAUUUGAACAACAUGUCUCUCCAGAAUUCGAUAAAUUGGCUCGGAUGCCAAAUUGAGUUUUCCAAAUUUUCGCAAAUUGCUCUGAAACUUGGAGAUCCAUAUUUGAGUUUCUUAUUUGCAGAGUUUUCGAGGGAAGCUUCUGAUGAUUCUUGUCCUGAUUCUUAUUUCAUGGAAAUUUUCAAGAAACUAGAUGUGAAUGAACUGAUGUACGACUUGGAUUUCGAUGUAAGUUCAUUGGAUCAAAUCGCUCAGAUACAUCAACAUGAAAGAAGAUUCAAUAGAUCGUUGGUUUUGUACGAUCUAAAUAAAAAUGAUGAAAAAUUGUCAGAUAACCUUAAACUUUUACAUCUUGACAAUUUGACAAUGCGGAAUUCUGGGUAUAAUUCUGAGAGUUUGUGGAGAUUGCAGAACUGGGAAAUUCCUUCUGCAACAUUAAGAGAAAUGAAUUUGAAGAAUUCUUCAACACAAAUCUUCAGAAUUAUGCAGAGUUUUGCUUCAUCCAAUAUUUAUUCCGUCCGAUCAUCAAUUAACGAUUAUUUCGACAAUUUCCAUAUGAACGAACUUUUAACAGUGUCAGAGAAUUUGUCCAUUCUGUUGAACACCUCAACAAUACAAUGGUUUCACGCUUUGUUGAUGCCGGAAGAAUCAGAUAUUUGCAGAAUUUUUGACAAAAAUUAUCAUAAAAUUUAUGUCACGUUUUUAGAAAAACUGACAAAAUUUUCCAGGAUCCAAUACAAAGUUACUGAAUCCAGCCAGAUGUUGAACGGCAUUUUCAUUGCAAACAAAGGAUUCUUGGACUCAAACAUUGUCAAAUUAAAACUGCCAAAUAUUGGUUUGACAUUUUUCGAAAACGUCAUCCAAACUGCAUGUGAACUGAAAGAAGUCGAAUCAGCCCAGUAUUUCGUGAACUUGCUGAGGAGUUCCAUGAAGCUGCAACAGCCAACAGAUUUCCAGCAAAUUGUUGUUCUGAAUGUUGAUUCUCCAUUGAGAUCUGUGAAUUUGCUGAAGAAGAAAAUCAAUGUUUUGCAAGUCAGAAGUGAAGACACCAUUGUCAAGAACGAGAUGAACAAAGAGAUGUGCAACAACUUCAACCACAAACUGCAGUUGACAUUGGCUUCUUGGCAGGCAAACACACACUUCGAAAGAAACAUCGAUGUCAUCGAAAACUUGAGAGAAGUGAUUUACCAAAGCGAAAGAUGCCACGAAAGCGAAAUCAUGGUUGAAGGAUACUUCAGACUUGCUACAUUUGCCCAUAACAUUCACAGAGAAAGUUUGCAGUUCUUCAAUUCAACUGAGUUUACCGAGCUUCAGAACAUCAUUGACCAGCUGAAGAAGAACAAAAGGAACUUGGUUAGCACUUCCACUUCGAACUGCAGAGAUGUGAAGACAAUAGAAAAUGAUAUUUCGAUUCACGAAAGUCACUUGGAUUCGGAGAAAGAAAAGUUUACGAUGUCAAUCACGAUUUCAAUCGAAAACUACUUGAAAACAAUGAUAAUUUCGGACAAGUACAACUUGGAGAGUUUGUAUUCCGUCAUAAAUCUCUGGUUCAAUUACUCUUUCGCAAAAUUCUGCCACGUAAUCAAAGAAAUGCCAGAAAUCAUUGAAGUUUUGGAGAAAAAUGUUUUCAAAAUCAAUCCUCUCAAAAUUUUGCCACUUUUCUAUCAAUUGAGUGCAAGAAUUGAACCCCUGAAAAUUUCUGACACCCCCUCAUCAGAUUAUUUAUCCAAAUUCCAGUCAUUUUUGCGGCAAUUAGUUAUUAAUGUUUCUAAGUCGAAUACAUCAGCUACAUUUCCAAUUUUGCACGCAUUGACGCAAAAUGACAAAGCAUCAAAUGACGGAACAAUCUCAGGAACUGUUGUUAUUCCUCAGAAGAAGAUCGAAGCAAUCAAUGAAUUGAUAGAUAAAAUCGUCAGCUUCGGAGAUGGAAACAUCUCCAAAGUCUGGAAUGACAUGAAAUCUCUGUUGAAUUGUUACAUAAAACUGGCGACGAAUCCAAUGGCAUAUGACAACAAAUUCAUGUCUAAAUCAUGUCCAGAAUUGUUCAGACUCCCGCAAGAAUGUGAGCAUUUGUACGUCAUAACAGACAACAAAUACACAAAGAUUGCGCAGUUCGAAGACAAAAUGAAACCUCUGGAAGGAAUCACGAAACCAGUGAAAAUCAAAGUUUUGGGAGCAAACGGAAGAAAAUACCAUCAGAUACUCAAAGGAAGAAAUGAUGAUUUGAGACAAGACGCAGUUAUGCAACAAUUAUUCCAAUUGAGCAGCCAAAUUUUAGAGAAGAACAAACCUGAUUUGAAGAUCAGAUCAUAUAAAGUUGUUCCUCUGAAUCCAAGUGCAGGAAUCAUUGAAUACGUUGAGAAAUCAAUUUCUCUCGGAAGUUACUUGACUGCGCCUAACGGAGCUCAUUUCAGGUACAAGAGCAAUCUGAGCUACGACAAAGUUUACGCUUUAUUUCAAAACGCGUCGAGUAAUUACCACAAAGCGAACUUCAACAGAAGCAUGGAAAUAUCGAAUGAACAGAAGAGAGAAAUGCUGAUCAACACCUAUAUACAGAUCUGCAAAGAUUUCAAACCUUGCAUGAGAUUCUUCUUCAUCGAAAAGUUCAGUAACACCGGAGACUGGUUCAAAGCGAGGAUGAACUACUGCAGGCAGACAGCGACGAAUUCCAUGGUUGGAUACGUUUUCGGAAUCGGAGAUCGACACAUGAACAACAUAUUGAUCGAUCACUUGACAGGAGACGUGAUCCACAUCGAUCUCGGCAUCGCAUUCGAGCAGGGAAAGAUGCUGAGAGUGAGAGAAAUUGUUCCGUUCAGGAUGACUCCGGAUAUCAUUGAUGGAUUCGGACACUGCGGAGGAAGCGGAGUUUUCAGGAAUUCUUGCGAAGAAACACUCAGUUUGUUGAGGAAAUACUCUGAAUAUCUGUUGACUGUUUUGGAUGUUUUCUUGAGAGAUCCUCUUCAUAAUUGGAAUGUUGUGCUAAAACAGAAGAAAUCUGAUAAAGCAAGAGGUCUCACGAUGCCGGAAACUUCUGAACCAAAAACUGCUGAAUCUGUAAUUAUGAGAUGCAGAUACAAAUUGGAAGGAAAAGAAACAGGUGAAACUCUUUCCGUUGAAGGACAAGUCGCUCAGCUUAUAUCUGAGGCAACAGAUCCUUCAAAACUCGCAAUGAUGUACGCAGGUUGGAAACCAUACCUUUAA